AUGGUACAGGAAAAAGUCUGCAUCUUUCAAGAAGACCAUGAUUUUUAUGCAGAGCAAUGCUCCAUCACAUGCAUCAAAGAGGCAGGCCUAUGCAAGGGCUCUGUGGUAAAUAGUCGGAUUGAGAAUCGGAAAUUUGUCACUGUAAAAUGCCAUUUCUUCCCACACCUGCCACCGGUUACAGAUGAACAGACUCCACUGUCUGGGUUGGAACCUGGGCAGGAGGAACAUCACGAUGACGGUAAAAGACACAGAAAUCACCAUGAAGAGAACAGACACCAUCAUCACCACUCCCAUGCUCAUCACCACAAACAUCAUGGACAUAAGCAUGAAGACCAGGAGCCACACUCUCCUCACCACUCAGCUAACAUCACUGAGAUACUACCAGACCAGAAGGAAAUAUUGGGGCGGGUGAUCAUCUAUCCUCCUUCAAGCAAACAUGUCUCACUACACUCCUUACCAGAAGUCCAGGAGCCCAAUCCAACCUCUAAACCCAGUUUGAUUUCUCCAGAACAGGAAGCCAGUCCUCACUCAGUAAAGUUAGCCAGGCCAGCCAUUCCUCCCUUCCCCAAUGGGUUUUCAGAAUCACCAUCCUGCCCAGGAGACCUUGCAAUACAGGUCUAUGGCCUUCACCUUCAUGGGCCAGAACUUCACUAAAACUAAAUGAUGUACUGUAGGACACUGAAAGCUUAAUCUAAUAGAAACUCAUCAGAUCUCCCUACACAAGCAGAAUUCUCUUGGUUUCCAUGUUUGCUAGCUUAAUGUUUUGUAGCAUCAUACUAACAAAGUUUUGAUUUUAAUUUAAUUUUCAUGAAUAAAAUACUGUCUGGAUUCAUAUACUCUGGGAAGUGAUGGGUUAUUUAAAUGUGAGGUACCAAAUAAGUAAUUAGCUGCAUUUAGACAUCAGGCUACUUCAUAAAUCAUGUUUCAAAAACCCGAAUGAUUAAAGACUAAGAAAUAUCAUUAUGUCUGAACUCAUUAUACAGAUCCUGCCUCUAAUGUCCCACUAUAAACUUUAAAAGUGGACCUUUAAUUCUAAGUUAAGAUGGUGAUUUUGUCAAUUGCAGAUAGUCCUCGACUUACACCAUUUCAUUUUGUGACUGUUCAAAGUUGCAAUGGCACUGAAAAACCUAUGAAUGUUUUUCACACUUAUGACCAUUACAGUAUCCCCAUACUCAUAUGAUCAAGUUUGGAUAGGUGGCAACCGGCUCAUAUUUAUGAGAGUUG